GACAGAACAGUGUGAGGCUAUUGGCUUGGUAGCAGCAUUUGAGCUUGCUUUUCCCAGUCUGGUUGGGAGACCCCCCCCAAGUUUGGAACACCCGUACAUGGAAUAUGAAGAGGAUGAUGAUAUUUCCUUUGCAAAAUGGAUGAGCAGCUUCUGGGGCCACAAUUUGAUUGAUGAUAAUGAGAAAGAGGGUAGAGGCCAGAAGAAACAUCAGACUCAACUCUUUAGUGAAAGAAGAGCCUCCCUUCCGGCCAGGCUUUCCUCCCUCCACACAACACGACUUCAUGCUUCUACCAAAGGCUCGUCUUCAGGCCAUCUCAAGGGUUCUCAAGAGGACCAGGACGUCAAAUGCCACUGCCACAGGAAGGCAAGCAGAACACCUUCAGGAGACAGCUCAUGCCCAGAGACAAGACCAAACUCCAUCCAGGAAUUUGUGGAGUCCUUUGAAAAACAAUUGCAUCUCAAAAGCAAACGCUCAGUUUCUUUGCAACCUGAAGGUGUGAAAGAGAGAAGAGAAAGAGAAAGAUUGCAUUUGAAAAAAAUCAAGUCUCAUAAGAGAAUGGGAGAGAAAUCAGAGCAAAGGAGAGAGCAGGAAGAAGAUAAAGGUUCAGAAGCCGGACCUGCAAAACACAACAAAAAAUUUCCACCACAAGCAACCACUGAGAAAGGAUACUUAUGCAUGGGGAGCUAGAAUGUGUUAACAUAAUGAAUUUUAACAAUCUCCCUGAAGAGCAGAGGGAGCAUUCUUGUUUUACUUUGACUAGAAGCAGCCUGUUAGGUAGAAUAAACCCUAACCUGUAAAAUAAAAGUAAAAUUCAACUGCAUCAUUGACACCAUGUUAAUACCUUCCUGUCUUUUGCCAUUAGAAAUGUGAACCUUGUCAUAGGAGGAGUGUAGCAAGAUCCAAGUUAGCAAUUAACCACUGUAAGAGGGUUUCAGGCAAAUUUAAUAUUGUGUCAGGACAGUGGUGUAUAUUUAGUCCUCAUUUAAGAGGAGACUGUGUAUGUACUACAAGCCAUGUGAAGUCAUCCAAAGCCUUGUUUCUGUUUUAACUGAAAACACUCUUAUUGCUAGGUUUGGAAAGGAAAAAUUAUGCAUAAAUGGCUACCUGCUUCCUGCCCCUAACAUUAACUUAGGUUUGUCUUGGAAACAGGUAUCUUUUUCCUUUGACAAUCUCUUGACUCCAAUUUUAUGGUAAUAAAAGAGAAGCCUACAUGUUCUCUUCUAUAUCUCACUUCUCUCUGCUUACCCUAUCACUGUGCAAUAUGACUCUUAUUUCUCUUGUAUCCCCUAAGCCCUCUCCCAUGUCCUCAGUCCCAUUUCCCUAGUUACACAACUAGUUCUUUCUCUCAGCUUUUAAUCUCAUCAUCCUGCUUUUGUGGCCUUUCCCCUCCUCAUUUACUACUUCAUACUCCUGCCUUGUAUCUACCAACCUCUUUUGCUACAUAUUUGUUUUGCUUCAUCAGAAUUUGAUCUUUGCUGAAAGUUCUCCAGUAAAAACAGAGAUGUUCUGCCUAUCAUACUGUUGUAUAAUCUCUUCAAGGGGUUUUCACACAUUCAUAGUAAGUAUUGCAACCCUUUUCCCUUUUUCUCUUUUCUAGAGCUAGGGCCAAACCAAGGGAAUAAGAACUUGCUCUGGUAAGCAGGACUUAGGAUAAUUGUUUCCUCUGGCUGAAGAUCCUCUGAACUCUGGUGUAAAUCUCACCAACUAUAAGUUAGAUUUCCUCAUUCAGGGGACAUCCACCUCCACAUGCUCAUAAAUGCAUACACAUCCCCACAACCUCCCCAUGCCCCUUUUCAACAUGUAAGUCUUCCCUGCAGAGAAGAAUCCUGCCCUCUUUGGGAAUAAUUUCCCCAGGCCUAGGUCAGAGAAAGCCUGCUUCGGAUAAUACAGUUAGAGUUAAGACUAAUGAGGUCAUGAGCAAAAGUAGAAGUUUGCUGGGUGUUCUUCCUGUGAUUUUCUAUAAUUAAUGAAGAUCUUACUAUUUUACUUUAGAGUCUUAAUUUUGAAUGUUCAACCUUUUAAAAGCUUAGGGCAUCCUUAAAACUUUGUAAUGCUUAUCUCUAUUAAAGGUUUGUUUUUCUUUUUAAGUAGGUCUUUGGGGAAUAUAUAAGAAAGCAAAUUGAAUUGCUGAUGCUUGAAAAUUGCUCCUAAUUGGUGACUUAUAUUAUAAACUAAUAAAUGAUGCUAUAAACUGAAAAAUGGUGUUCCUAUGCAUAGUUCCUGUCCUCCCCAAUCCAGAUUGAAUUUUCAUGAAGCUCUUCUGUCAGCCAAAACUUCUAUGUGGAUGGUUUUCCUUUUGUAGCCCUAAUUUGAAAACUGCAUUGCAAUAGACCUGGGUAGAAAAGAACAUGGCCAGCUGUACUUGACUUC